AUGGAUGAACAAGACCAUCAACCUGUUGAGUUAUCGGAAGGUAUAACUAUAAGCAAAAUUCUUAACUCACCAACUGUGUUUAAAAUUGAUGUGGACCACAAAAAGGCAAAGGAUAUAAACCUUGAUGAUGAUUUUGAUGAUGUCUUUAAUAGUGAUAGCUCUAGUGAAACUGAUGACAUAAUAUCAGUUUUAGAAGAGUCUACUUCUAAGAUGAUGCUAUCAUGCCCUGAAUACCACAACUUUGCUGAUCUCGCCACUAAGAUGGUCGAUUGUGUGUCUUCGGGAGAUGUGAAGAUACUAAUACUUGAGGAAGGGGAUGGCCCAUUAGUACCAAUUGAUGCUGAGGUGAGCGUACACUAUGCAGCUUAUUGGGAAAAGGCUAAAAUUCCUUUUGAUUCAACACUCACUAUGAACAAUGGGGCCCCAAGUUGCAUAAAAUUGGGUAAAGGUCGACUGAUACCAGGCCUUGAGAUUGGUUUAACAUCAGUGCGUAGCCCUAAAGCGCGCUUCUUACUGUUGAUACAACCGAAAUUAGCAUGGGGCCCCCGCGGAGUCCCGCCAAGGAUAAGACCAGACCCGGCCAUGUUUGUCAUAAAUUUGUACUCUGUGAAUGAUACUCAAGCUCCUAUUAGAUUUAAUGACCUCCCAUCAGAAGAACAAAGGAAAUACGAAGUUACUAUCCGAACCGUAACAUCUCUCCACGCGCAAGCGAAAGACUUUUUCUCAAAAAGAAAGUAUAACAGGUGCAUAAAAAACUACCAGCAAUCUAUCUCUGUGCUCAAUUUAUCUGUGGUCAAGAAUGGCGAGGAAGAAAGCGAAGUACGCAGAUUUAAAAUUAAUACGUUUGUCAAUCUCGCUGUCUGUUACUACAAAACAAAUAGGCCUAAAUACGUAAUAAAGAUGUGCAAGAGUCUAGACUUCUUAACUGAUAUAGAAAAGCAUUGCAAAGCCCUUUUUUAUUAUGGAAGAGCGUACGAACUGUUAGGUAAUAUGGAAUCAGCACUGAUAUACUAUAAAAAGGCGCUAAAGCUAGAACCACAAAAUCGUGAUGUCGGGAAAGCGUUGUCGAACCUAGAUACGUAUAAUAAAGUAUCUGUCGCGAACGAGAAGACCAUCUGUCAGAACAUGUUUGAGUCUGUGCCAGAGAGAAAAGUUGUGCAUGACGUCGAUUUGGAGUUUCAGCAUACGAUACGAGAUAUGUGUGAGAAUUUGGCAGGUAAGGAAGAGUAUUCAAAAUUUGAAUUGCCCAACGGAUUUAAGAAAAAGGAAAUAGAUUAUAUCAAAGAUCUGUGUUCUGAAUUCCAAGAUUUAGUAGUGCAAGAAGAUGGUAAAUUGAUUUUCACGGGAUUUAUCACGCUUCUUCUCGACAACAUCAUACGUGUUUUAGGUGUAAAUAUGUUGCGGUUUUUAAUUUUAUCGGCGUUCCUACAAUGUACUAUAUCACAGCAAUAUCAACAAAAAGUGGCUCCUGGUGUCCCACCACAGAAUUAUCAGAACUAUCAACCACCACCACCCCCACCUGCUCCAGUACAUCAACAACAAUAUCAACAACAGCCUCCACCACAGCAACAGUUCCAACAGCCACCCCAACAACAGUUCCAGCAGCAAGUUCCCGUGCAACAGGUCAAUGUGCAACCACCACAUGGACAUGGGCAUGAUCCCCAAGUACUGAAUGCAGCAAACAUAGCCCAGGAAAGAGAUCACAUCCAAGAGCAUAUGGAUGUACCCAUAGAUACGUCUAAGAUGUCCGAUCAGGAGUUGCAGUUCCAUUACUUCAAAAUGCACGACGCUGACAACAAUAAUAAGCUUGAUGGAUGCGAACUCAUCAAGUCGCUGAUACAUUGGCACGAUGUGGACGGGAAAAAAGUGGAGACAUCAACGGUGUACAAAGACGACGAGUUGACUAAAAUUGUGGAGGACGCCAUGGCUUCAGCUGAUAAGAACAACGACGAGGAAGAUGAAACGGCUAAAGACUCUCCGACUAGGUAUAAAGAUGCCGACCUAUCGAACAUAGUGGAAGGUGCGCUCGCGCAGGCCGACAAGAACAACGACGGUUAUAUCGACUAUUCGGAGUAUAGAAGUGUAACUGGUGCUUCGUAG